ACAGUAGUGUCUACUGAAAGCAGAAGAGAGCGGAGCUACUGUAGAGGACAGCAAGGAUUCAUGCCUUGGCAUCGAAAUUCAGGCCAUGGAAAUAACGCUGAAGAGUUUUCCUUUGAAGGUAGUGAAUAUUCCAUGGAGAAAUAAUAACCUCAGUAGUCUGCAUACAGACCCUCCUCUGUCCGAACAAGGAGAGACCAUCAUUGGAAUCUACCUGUUAGUGUUGGGAUGGCUGUCCUGGUUUGGAAACAGUUUAGUGAUGUUUGUCCUGUACAGACAGCGGGCCUCGCUUCAGGCAACAGAUUUCCUCACUUUAAAUCUUGCCAUCUCUGAUGCCAGCAUCUCUGUGUUCGGCUACUCCAGAGGGAUCCUGGAAAUAUUCAAUAUCUUCAAGGAUGAUGGGUAUUUGAUCACCUGGAUCUGGACCUGCCAGGUAGAUGGUUUCUUCACCUUGCUCUUCGGCCUUGCAAGCAUCAACACCUUGACCGUUAUCAGCGUCACCAGAUACAUCAAGGGAUGCCACCCAAACAGAGCUUACUGUAUCAGCAUUAACACCAUUGCUGUAUCACUCAUCUGCAUUUGGACUGGAGCAAUGUUUUGGUCUGUUGCUCCACUGCUGGGCUGGGGCAGCUACACAGAUCGAGGUUAUGGCACCUGUGAGGUGGACUGGUCCAAAGCCAAUUAUUCCACCAUCUACAAGUCCUACAUCAUCUCCAUCCUCAUCUUCUGCUUUUUCAUCCCUGUGAUGAUCAUGCUCUUCUCCUACAUCUCCAUUAUCAACACAGUGAAAAGCACCAAUGCCAUGUCAGCUGAUGGUUUCCUGACCACUCGUCAAAGGAAAGUGGAGAGAGAUGUCACAAGGAUUUCCAUUGUAAUCUGCACAGCUUUCAUCAUGGCCUGGUCGCCAUAUGCAGUGGUGUCUAUGUGGUCAGCGUGGGGUUUCCAUGUGCCAAGCACAACCAGCAUCUUCACCCGUCUCUUUGCCAAGUCUGCCAGCUUCUACAACCCGCUCAUCUACUUCGGCAUGAGCUCCAAGUUUCGCAAGGACAUCUCCGUGCUACUUCCGUGCACACGAGAGCGCAGGGAGGUGGUGCGUCUGCAACACUUUAAAAACAUCAAACUCAGGGCUGAGGCCCCACCCCCACCUGCAUCACUUCCUGUCCAGAAGCUGGAGGCAAAAUACACCGCGGGAGAGCUGAACCAAUCCAAUCCUGAUAGCGACUCAGGGGUCAACAGCCCUCCUCAGACUCCUCCGUCUGACACACAGGAGGUCUUCCACAUUAACCUGCCCUCCCACAUUGAAACGUCAGAGUACUGGUGUGACAGGCUCUGAAGACUGUUUCCAUUUUACUUGAAGCUGUACUUGAAUUACAAGGGGAGAUUGAGAGUAUUGUUGUAUUUUUUGGUCUUAUCCAUGUUAAUAAACUGUAUGUCUAACCAAUGUUAAUAAAUUAUUUUCUGAAUCUCAA